AACGCUCACGCAAUGCUGGAACUGAACACGCAAGAAAUUCUAAAAUCUCCACUUAAGCCAACGAAGACAAUGACCAUUUCCUGCACAGACAAAGGCCAUUUUCUAACAACACGGUAUUUUUAUUUUGCGCAGCAGUUUGUUUGGCAGACAGGUUUGAGAUACGUAAAGCUAAUAUUCGACAGACUAUGCACUGUCGUUAAACAGGAAUUUGCAGUCAACGCUAUCAACCUUUGCUGCCAGAUGUGCUGCCAAAUAGGAGAAAAAAGGCAUUCUUGCAUCGGUGAAGCUUGAGACAAACAACGACCGGUUUAUCUCAGUGGCGAGCCCAGCAACAUGGGGAGCGACUGUUCAUCUGGAGAGAAGUUCAACAAAUAACAAAAAUGGCGCUGCAUUCCUCACAAUCAAUUGUAGUUAUGUUAGAUUCAGCUCCUUUGAUCUUCACCGCUAACUGUGAACAGCCUCAGCUUCUACCCACGCGGAGAGAUCAACCUACCUGCGUUUGGACCUCCUGUGGUCUGCUGCCGGACCUCCCGUGGUCCCGCCGCCGCCUCCGCCUCUGGCCAGACCAGUUCAACCGUUACCUGGGGUCAGCGAUCACCUCACCUAACCUCCGCCGCCGCGCCGCCGCCGCUGCCGCCGCCGCCGCCGCGCCGGGACCGUCACUUCUCGUCCGACCAUGGCCCCGCGCGCACGGUUCACUGUUCCACUGCUGCUGCUAGCGCUGCAGCUAGCAGCCGCUCAACAGCGUCAGAGGCUAGACGUUCAAACCAUCUCCGGACCCACCAACUGCGAGCGUCGCGCGCGUGCUGGAGAUGUGCUCUCCAUGCAUUAUACGGGCACGCUGGAAGAUGGGACUCAGUUUGAUUCGAGUCGCGGCAGGCGGCCGUUUGAGUUUGAGCUCGGAGCGGGGAAGGUGAUCAGAGGAUGGGAUCAGGGGCUGGUGGGAAUGUGUGUGGGGGAGAAGAGGAAACUGACAAUCCCGGCGCAUCUCGGAUACGGAGACCGCGGCGCGGGUUCGAUCCCGCCCGGUGCCACGCUGCUUUUUGACGUCGAACUUCUCGAGAUCAAUCCUCAGCCCAAACCUGAGCUCAAGAUCAAGAGGACAUUUAGCCCGGAGAACUGUCCGGUCAAGUCCAAAAACGGAGAUAAGCUCGGAAUGCACUACACGGGAACGCUCACAGAUGGCACCAAGUUUGACUCGAGCCGGGACAGAAACGAGGUCUUUGAGUUCGAACUUGGCGCACGCAAGGUGAUUCGCGGCUGGGACCUCGGUCUUAUCGGGAUGUGUCCCGGUGAACGUCGCCAGCUCACCAUCCCUCCCGAGCUGGGCUACGGCGACCGCGGUGCCGGGGGCGUCAUCCCGCCCGGAGCUACGCUUCUCUUUGACGUCGAACUGGUCACUAUCAACGGCGUGGGAGCUGCCCCGGCCGCCCCCGCCCCCGCCCCAGCCCCGGCGCCAGCCCGGGGGGCGAGACCGCCCACAACACAACCGACACCCAGUGAUCAGCUGCAGGUUCGUCACAUUUCCGGACCGCGCCGCUGCCGCAGGAAAACCGAGGCCGGAAACAAGGUCUCAAUGCACUACACAGGCACGCUGACCGACGGCACCAAGUUCGACUCGAGUCGGGACCGGGGCACACCCCUCGAGUUCACCCUGGGUCGAGGUCAGGUCAUCGCCGGCUGGGAUCAGGGUCUGCUUAACAUGUGCCCGGGGGCUCGUCGCCAGCUGAUAAUCCCUCCCCGAUUGGCCUAUGGCGAUCGCGGUGCCGGUGACGUCAUUCCGCCCGGAGCGACGCUGGUGUUUGAUGUGGAGCUGGUGGCGAUCGAUUAGAAACCCGGGCGGGGCGGGGUUCGAAUCCCACCCUGGUAAUAAUAUUUUUAUGACAAAAUAGACUGGAGCCAAUAAAGUUUCCAGCGAAAACAGAUGUAAGAAAUCUUAGUCUGGUACAAAUAGUGCCUUAACUUGCUGAAUCAUGUUCUGUUACUUAGAAUAGGCUUAGGUACUUAGAAUAUGACGCUUUGGUGAGUCAGCACUACUACGUUUGAGAUCAAAAGCAAAUUAGAAGUUGCCAUUGGUUUCGUCUCUUGUAACUCUUGAUAAUAUUGUUCACACUGUUGCAGUGUAGCAUGUUAUUAGUGCUGUGGAAGUUUUGCCUUUAUGAUCUUGUUGUUAGCCGUUAUUCUUGUGUUUGGGUGCCGGAUAGCGUGUCGAUUGUCGAUUGAAAACGUAUCAUCAAAUAUGUGGUCUUCUGACUGUUCGUCGACUGUUGCCCUUGCCGCAAUAUAAGAGAUCUCCGAAAUA